CUUCAACUCAGAGAUUGGUACCGAAAGUCCUGUGGAGAAAGACUUCAGGUCCCUGAGGUGGAAACACAACGCACUCUAUCAUCAGGCAGAGCUGCUCCCAGCCUCGCUGUGGUGGAACAACGCAUCCUAGUCGAAUUCCACCUGUGCCGCGAUGUUUGGCCAGUGGCCUAAAAUACUUGGCCGCAGAGGAUGGAAAUUAGACUCCUGCAGAAUUACUCUCUGAUGAUGAUGGCGGUGUCACAGGGAUCUGACAGCCCUCGAGGAGACUUGGAAAGGAGCAGGAGAGACAUCCUGAGGUCCACCAAGAGGGCAUGGGCUCCCCUGGAUGAGCAGCUGCCUCCCAGCCUCACCAUCCCCAGGCUGGACGAUCCCAAACAAGAAAGUAUUCAGCAGUGGCUGGACUCUGGAUUCUUUGUCUCUGUCAGUGAAAACUUUCGGCAAGUCAUGGACCACACUGCUUUUUCGCCCGAACAAGGAAUGGUCCAUGUGACCGUGCAAGACUACAUGAGAUCUCUGCACCAGUUUCCAGAAACUCCCACCCUGUCCAGAGGGACCAGUUUCAACUCCUGCCAUUCCGCAGCAAGCACACCACAAAGCAUUCCUGAAUGGCUGGAAUUCUGGGAAAAAGAUCCGGUGGAGAUUCUCUUGGAUCUGGGGUUUGGUACUGAGGAGCCAGACAUCUGCACGCAGAUUCCAGCCAGAUUCCUGGGUUGUGCCUCCGUGGCCAGAGGAAUCAAUGUCCGUGUUUUCCUUGAAGCUCAAAGGCAGCGCAUGGACAUUGAGAACCCUGACUUGUAUGGCCGUUUCCGACAGCUGGAAAUCCUGGAUCAUGUGUCCAAUGCCUUCUCAUCUUUGCUGAAUGAGGUUAACACUCUGCAAAGUAAAGCUGAAGACAGGGAUGGGGAGGAAAGUGUGCAAAGAACCUCCAUGGGUGGAGCCAAAGAACAUCGAAGAAGAGUGGGUGAACUUCUCAGGAGAUCCUCAAAGCAGAACACCAGGGGAGACUGUAGUUCCAAAGUGUCAGAGUCACUGAAGAACAGGGAAGAAUUUUCCAUCCCCUCUGUACAACCAGAGCCUCAUGGAACACAAUUACCAGCCGUGACAGAUAGCCAAGACGACAGCCAUUUGCCUCCUUUGGCUGAGCAUUGGUCUCUCCAAGCCUGUGAUGACUUGACACCUUGCUGUCCUCCCCGAACUCUUCUGAAAAAGUGGUGGCCUUCCACACCCAUGCUAGACAGGCAGGCUCCUCUUUCCUGCAUGUCUGAGGGGUCAGUCAAGGACAGGAUGCUGAAGGAAAACUGGACCAACAAGCUCAGGAGCUUCUCUGGUGUGAGCAGAGUGCCAGACUCCUUCGAAAUGGAGGAGGUCCAGAGCUUUGAAGAGGAGAGUGGUGAUCCUCCCAACCUGACAUCAGGAACUGUAGAUGCCACAGUGAGCAGAGCAAACAGCUGCCAGUCUGACAGCAGUGGGUUCCUGGAGGAGCCACUGGAACCACCGGCCUGGCAGAUGCCUUUCUUGCCUGCAGGCCAGAGCCCUGCUGAGGAUGGAUGCACAAAGCCAGGGGGUCAGAGCCUGCGCUUAGGGUCAGCCCAGCACUGCCAGCGAGACUCAGAGGAAUCUAGCUCCAAGAGCAGAGCGAGUACGUCCUUUUCCAGCCAAGACUGGAGUGUCUUAGAAGACAAGUCCCUAGAACCUGAGGUGGAGAAGGAGUCUCAGCUGGAGGCCAUAGGGGUACAGCCAGGAUUGGGAACCUCAGAUGUGGCCCUGAGCUGGGCCACCACUGGAGGAAAUCGCCCAGGGAGAGACAGCCACCAGCGGCAGCUACCACCCGUGCCCCAAACUCAGCAUGAGGCCAACAUCAGCAGGACUCCCUGCCAGGGUGAUUGUCCCCUGGAGUUCCUGGUGACCCACGCGGGUGAAGGGUUUCUGAGGCCUGAGGGAGCCAGGGAGGCGCAUGUGCACAGCCACCCCUUGGAUUCUCACACAUCCCCGGGAAUGGGUGGUGUUCGAGACAAGUCCCUGCCUGCCAGGUCUGAGGCCCCAAGAGGAGCAGGAAGCAGUAACACCUGUCCUGACUUCAGCCGCUGCUCCCAGACACAAGGAAGUCCACCCCCGCCUGUCCCCAAGCCCAGCGCAGUCGGGACCUCUGCAGUGGACCUUAGUCACACAUCCGAAAAUGCCAUGCCCCAUCUAAAUAAGCUGUCUGGGGGUGCUACUCCUCAAGCAAAGCCAAGGUGUGGGGCUUUGCACCAAAUACCACCCCGGGCAGAACCUGAGCUGGGAGCCCUUCCUUCUGGUGCUGACUCAAACGCUGAUAGCUCCAAGUCGGUGACAGUCCAGAUGUCCUCCAGUCUGGUGUCAGCUGCUCAGAGUGCUGUGGCCUGGGGGACUCAUUCUAGAAGAACAAGUUCAGAAGGCACUGUGCAUGACCCUGUUACGGUGACACAACCAGUUCUGGGGACAGAAACCAGACAGUUCAAUGAUGUUUCUGUUCAGACUUGUAAAUGGGAGCCCAGGUCCUGGUGCUGCUGUUUGGUUCCAAGUAACGAAGCCCAGCCCCUCACCAAAUCCAUCUCCCUAGACACCGGCUUCCCCAGUAGCUGCCCGGUGUGCAUCUGCUGUGCCGCACCUGCCCACUGCUGGGGCUGCUGUCAUCACCAUCCCCACUGCCACUCGGAGGGGCCGAGCCCCGGCCCAGUGUCCUCGGCCUGCAGGCACGGCCCGCACUCACAUGGUCACCUGGAAGCCCAGUUCAUGAAGACUCUGGAAGUCCUGCAGGACACCGCAGUGAGGGAGCUGUGCUCUUGCACAGCCCACGAGAUGGAAGCAAUGAAGAUGCUCUGCCAGGGUUUCCGGGAGCAUUUAGAGGAAAUGGAGCAGCACCUUACAGGACAGCAGGCACUCUUUUCCAGGGACAUGUCGGAAGAGGAAAGGAAGGAGGCGGAGCACCUGCAAACUUUACGCAAAGCCCUGCGGCAGCAGGUGGAGGAGCUGGAGUUUCAGCUAGGAGACCGGGCUCGGCAAAUCAGAGGAGGGAUCCUGCUGCAGCUUGAGCUUCUCACAGGAGAACCCCCUGAAAACUGUACAAAUCUGCACCAAUAUGACUGGACAGAAGACAAGAAGGGCCAGAUUCCACAUGCCCAGGCCCACCCAGCCUUGUCCCCGGGGGCUGCCUCCCCUGCCGAUGACAGCCAGCAGGCUUCCUGCCCACAUAUAAGCCAUGGGGCUGCCUGUCCUCCACCCGCCUUGGAGCGCCACACAAGGAUGUCUCCUCCAGCUCGGGAAGAGUUAGGUGCAGCCCUUUCAUCCCAGCAUCCUGUUGGAGAAAAGGAGACAGAUAUCUGCCUCUAGGUCAGAGUGGGCUUGAUGGCCUUCCUGCAAAACGCAAGAGCACGUUCUAGCCGGAGAAGGAUCUCUAAAUUUUCCCAAUGACACUUACCUCUUAGCCUGUUAUUGGCUAUGUUUAAAAACAUUCUACCGUAUGGCUAAACCUGGGAGGAUCUCAGAAUAUUCUAAUUCUCAUUCAUUACAGAAUAAGUGAGCAGCUACUGUGUGCCUGGCAGAGAAUAUGUGGCAGCCCAUGUAGGAACAAUUAGUCCUCUCUUCUCAUCAAUACCUUCUGUGACUAGAAGCAAAACGUAUAGUGAAACCAAUUUUGCCACAGGCCAAUUUCUAUAAACAAGAGUUAAGCUCCCAUGGCAUUUAAUCAACACCAUAAUGAAACGAUGUUGAAAAAAAGGCACGUAUUCAAGGAUCUGCUGUAUAUCUCAAAGUACAUACAGUGUACGGUCCUCGCCCUGCUCAAAUCUACU